AUGAUUUACUGGAAAACAUCUCUCCAACUUCUUUUAAUUUGUUUUAUUAGUGGGGUAUUAACUGCAAUAAGCAAGGUUUCUGAAGUCAGUAUCUCCAAAUCCAAUUUAAAACCCUUUGCAAGUGAUACACAACGUGCACAGUUCACCACUGUUGUAGAUAUACUUUCAAAUGAUGUUCAAUUUUCUACAUUUCUUCGGUUUGUACAACGAAAAGGGCAUAUUCCGUAUUUGAAUGAACAUCAACAAUUUACGCUGCUUGCACCUAUAAAUUCAGCUUUUAUAUCGAUUGCUGAAGCUGAUGUUUUAUCUAUAUUAGAAAAUACUAGCAUUUCGAGGUUCAUUGUUGAUGGGCACGUUAUUGACACCUCUGAAUACGAGUUGGGGGUGCAUAUAUUUUUCAAGGAUUCCGUCCCUCAUCUAAUAAAUGUAACAAAUAAUGGACUUAUCACGAUUGAUAGUGUGGAAGUAGUUGAAAAGAAUCUAUUUCCAAACUUUCAGGAUGCCGUGGUACAAGGAGUAAGUUCUGUGCCACCAAUGUUGCCAAAUUUGGGGGAGCAAUUAGAAUCUCUAAAGUAUAAGGGCGGAAAUAUCAAGCUCGAUAAGAUGCGACAUCUACUGAGUUUAUCUGGCUAUGACCUUAGUCAUAGAAUAAUAAAUAGUACGGUAAUCAUCCCAACAGAUGACUGUCUAAGCAGAAACUUUGAUGAGCUAGAAUUAAGUUACCUGAUGCAGCAUCAUAACGGGGUUACCGGUAACUGGGCCGAGGACAAGCGGUUUUUAGUGCAAAAGCUGAUAUUAAAAGGUAUCUACGGAGGAAUUAUAGACCCUAUGAAUGUUACUAGUCUUAAUCAUGAAGAGGUAAAAUUAUCGUCAUUUAAUAAUGGAAGAACACACAUGGUCAAUGGGACGGCCACAGUACUCGGAAAUCAACUUUAUGAAACAGGAAUCAUACACGUAGUAACAGAUUUAAGAGGUUUAAGAAAUGGUAUAAAUUUCACAGCUACGAAGUACUUGCUUGGAUUAAAUGCCUCUGGUUUUGUUGAAGAGAUUUAUAACAAAAACUUGCAACAUUUGAUCGAUGAUCCAAACGAGAAACCAACGAUAUUCAUGCCGAAGAAUAUGAAUAAUGAAACUAUUGAUUUUACGAGGAACAGCCUGCUUUAUCACUUUUCUAAUAGCAAGAUUUUACUUCAGCAAGAUUUUCCUGAUGAUUCGGAUAUACCAAUUGCGGCUAAAAUGUAUAAAUCUCUGUUAUGUUCGAGUAAAAGACUGGGGGGAGAGUGUCAACGUUUAAAGAUAUCAAAGAAUAAGGACGGUUUUUUUCUGAACGACAUUUUUCGCAUAUGUGAUGCAACGCCAAGAGAAAUAGAUGGUAGGCUUCUGUAUGUUAUAGACGAAGGCUUAGAGCUUCCAGGUGGAAUCGUUCAAUCCGUUAGUCCUCUACUUCAUUGUUCAAAAUCGUUGGAGUUGUUACGAAGAGCUGAACUUUUAAAUUUAAAACCAAACAGUCAUGGUUAUACUAUAUUUAUUCCCUGCUUUAACUAUUGGGAUUCAUGGGGAAUUAAUUUUGAGUACCUACAACGAAAUUUGACAGCCUUGAACAUCUUUAUUAAGAAUAUGGUAUAUGAAGGUUUAGUAUACACAGAUAUGCCGUCAGGAACAGUUUCUCUCAGCAAUUUAGCAGGACACUCUGUAGUUGCUAAACUAGAAGAAAAUGCUAGUCCAAAUGAAAGAGUUAUCAAGCUAUCCAAUCUAGACGAUGCCAUAAAAGUGAAGACAUCUAGUGAUCUUAUUUUUAAUAAUGGAGUUGUUCAUGCAUUGCAAAGUGUGUCAUAUCCAAAAUUGUUAACAAUAUCCACUCAGAAUUUACUCGAAACCACUGCUAGUGGUUUCGUGACUUUGCUGGAAAAGUUUGAAGAUAUUCAACAAUUAAUUCACGCCAACAAUGUUUCCUUCUUGGUACCAUCCGAUGCACGACUUAUUAAUGAGGGAAUCACUCAAAACUCUACUCAGCUAGAAGAUUUCAUCAGACUUCACACUAUACCAAAUGCAUACACAGAUUCACUACUUUCCUGUAAUGGAACCAUCGGCACCAUUUUGAACCAACAGUUAUUAUGCCUGGAAGUUAUGCCUGGUAAUUAUGUACUUAAGAUACAGGAUGGCCAAGAUAAAGAAGUACGGAUUUUGAAUAGGGGAUGCACAACAGACAAUAAAUCAUGUGUUUUCAUGAUCGAUAGACCGCUAUCUCUGUCAUGGAUUAACAAGGAAAAAUACCAUCUUCAGCUUCCGGGCUUAUCAUUUGCAAUUGGUUUAGUACUAGGGAUAUUAAUCUCAUUUGUGCUUUUAGCUUGUGUUGUUGUCGUUUGGAACUCCAAAAUGCCAAAUUUCGCUGUUCCAUUAAGUGACAAUAAUGAGGAAGUUACUCCUCUAUUACAAGGUGAUGUUACUAAUAUCCGUACAGAAGGUCAAAAUUAUCAAACUAACAAAAGUGCCGAUGUAGCGGGUCAUGACACAGGGCUAAUAUCCGAAGCAAAUAAUAAACCACAUAAAUAA